UCUCCGUCCUAUCAGCCCUCCAGCUUUUGUGCCCGAGACCAGUUGGAAAGUCUCAUUGCCAGACACGGUCACCCCACCCGAGUCUCGCUGUCAUCCCUCCAGGAAUUGACGGCCACCUCGUCGGCAUAUAACCCUCCCUCCCCGCCCUCGCCGCUCUCCGACUCCACCGAUUCUUUGGAAACCCUGACGCCCUCGCGACCGACCUCCUCUCGGCCGAUCCCCAUCCCCAAACCAUCGCACAUCUCCCCCGAUAGAGACCUCCCUGUCACUCCGCUGACAGGACGUUUCGACAAGGGCUACUACUUCGCCCACCGGGACCAGACCCUGGAGAAACACCGAGACAAAGACAGACCGACUCACCGGCAGGGUGCUCGACACGGGCAUCGCCCUCAUCUUUCCUCCAGAAUGCGUUCCGAUAGCUCAACCUUUUACCCGCCCGUCGCCUCUCCCUCCAUGUCUCCAGCUGGCCGUCCUGCGUCGCCCCAGCCGACUCGGGCUCGGCCUCAAAACAACAAACCCACCACCUUCCAGCUGGGGAGCCUGCCCCGGUUCCAUCCGGCAGUCUACCAGUCUGGCGGCAGCUCUCCAUCGCAACCCUCUUCCCCACGCCAGUCCCGACAGAUCGGGUUCCGCCCGUCUAGUUCCCGCGACAAUGCAUGGCAGUAUCGGGAGUUAGUGGAAGGGACCACCCUGUCGAAGACCCCCUCUGGUACCCUGUCCCCGAGUCCCUCCGCCCCGCGGCUUGAUCCUCUCCUCAGCCCGGGACCGGUGACUCCCCUGAUGCUCGAAGAGGCCGGUGGAUACCUGGCCUCGGGCACCUCCAACUCGUCGGACUUUUCUCGAGACCUCUCCCACUCCGGGCCGGCCCCGGAUCUGGUGGACUGCCUCAUUGCUCGCGAAACCGAGCGAACCCGACAGACAACAAGGAAGGGUCUGAAGGGCUUUUAG